AUGGCGCUGGUGGUGAUCUCUGACAGUAACGUCGUCUUCUUUGCGGCGCGGACGGCGUUCACGGUCCUCUCCGUAGACCUUGACCUCUUCCUCGUCGUAUCGAGUACGAUCUUUGCGGCCUGGAAGAGAGGCAGAGUAAGAAGAGUACUUGGUUUCGUGACCUUCCCGUCCGACGCGCUGGUUGGUCUCUCUUUCUACCUUGACGCGAGUAGUGUCUACAGCAGCGUCGCUCCGGUACGACGACGGGAAGACACUGAAAGGGAUCGGGACUCUGGCGUCAAAGUCCACUUCGGGCCACGCUCUUGA